AUUAUUCUACAUCUUUUAUUAUUGCGAAGAAAAGAAAUGAAGGGAAUGAAAAUGUAUUAAAAAAUGCAGUUAGUCGGACGUUACAAAUUAAAUGCAAUCGCAUGCGGACAUUUAUCGAUGAAAACCAUGACUCGUUGCAUUUACACAUCAGCCAGUUACGACAGUUCGCCUCAUCUACUGGUGGCUUAGUCCUGGAUGAAAUCCGUACCCUUAUUUGGCCAGUUCUGGCAUCUUCACUGGUGCAGGAUUCGUUCAGUGAUCAAGAGACAGCGUCAACAUUUUCGGAUUCGGAUUUUGAAUCUGCUCAUUCUGAUUUCAUUUAUGAAGAAGACAGCUCCAUGAUUAACUCUGCUACCAUUUUGUCAAGUCCAACGUUGAAAGAUUUGCAAAGUCAUCGGGAAUGGAACCAAGUACAAAUGGAUGUUCAACGCACACUGGCACGAUUUCCACCUGAUAUAUCAGAUAAGGAACGAUGUACCUUGCAAAAAGAUUUGACUCCUUUGGUUGUGAGAAUUCUCUGGAGUUGUCCUCGAUUUCAUUAUUACCAAGGUUUUCAUGAUGUUUGUUUGACCUUAUUAUUGGUGCUCGGUAAUGAAAAAGCGGAACAUGUCGGUACGCUUUUGGCAAAUAAUGGAAUCUUUAGAAGUUACCUUCUCAGAAAACUAGAGGAUACAGUAUUGAGAGAUCUUGAUUUGAUGCAUGUAUUGCUCUGGAAAGUUGAUGAAGAGUUGGAAAAAGUAGUUCGUGCGGUGGAACUGGGAUCAUUGUUUGCUUUAAGCUGGCCAUUGACAUGGUUUUCACAUUCCCUUCAUCACUACCACCAAAUUGUCCUUUGUUUCGACUUUUUCCUUGCUACUCACGCCCUUACCCCCAUUUUUUUAACUUCUGCUGUCGUUUUAUGGCGAAGUAGUGCAGUUUUGAAUUGUUCCCGAGACAUGGCUUCUAUCCAUCACUUACUGAAUGUAAUGCCAAAUGAUAUCCCUGUCCAAGCAUUAAUCAACGAUGCGCAAGAUCUGUUUCGGAUGUUUCCUCCGUCACGGUUACGCGGUCCGUUAAUGGAAGACUAUCAACAUCUUAUAAAUAUUAAUCGGAUACGAAAACCGUCAUUUCCAAAUACAUCCCUUCGAAAAUGGUUAGUUGCGGGUACUGCUACUGCAGCAAUAUAUGUUCUAUCAAAAUACAUGUUUAUUACUUCUUCCUAUUGA